AUGCCUACCUCAGACUUCUUCCAAGAUUCUGCUUCAUCGCUUAGUUUUGACGCAAUAGACACCAAUAAAUCGUAUUCUGAUUCUAAAAGCUUUUUACUUUUGCUCCCCGGCUCUCGUCCCACACACUCUUCAAGUCCUACACCGCCACCCAACGAAUCCGUCUCGCCACUGAUUCGUCGCACCUCACUUUGUCGACCACAAGCUCGGCGACUUCCUUUCAAUUUAUCUUUCACACCUGUUUCUAAACCUGAUCCACCUGUCCAAGCACCCAACCGAUGCCGUCUUCUUGGUUUCACGCCACUGGCCGAUAAGACGAGCUCUCCAGUUGAACCAUCAGAUCAAAGCUUCUGUGGCCAACCUACACCACGCGCCAAAGAAUGUGCCCCAUGUGCGCUCUUCUUCACUCGAGCAGACGUCUUUGUCAGUACCGAGAUGGUUUCCCAAGGUCUCCUUGCACCAUCUCACGAUCAUUAUUCACCUCUUCAAAUAAGUCUCAGUCAACCACAAUCCGAUCCAAUUUAUUCAGAGAAUUACUUUGAUCAAGAAAAUGGAUUACAAGAUGAAGUUUGCUCAGCAACCAGUUCGCCAGCACAAAGCGCGCUUCGAUUUUGGGACGGUCCUGCUACAUCCGCUACUUCAACUAGAGCCUCUUCACCUGUCUCUUCAUUAGACUUUUAUUGUCCUACUCUUGCACUCACGUCUAUGCCUAUUACUAUGCCUAUGAUGACAAAGAAGAAAGGAAUGAGAAGAGCUAGAUCUUUGCUGGGUAACUCUCUAGAGAAUGAACCUGAUGAUUGUUGGGCAGAUGACGAAGAAGAAGAGGUUAACUUUCAACAAUCUAAUGGGAAUUCUACUAGAAGAAUGAGCGAGCCUAGUGGUGGGAAACCUAAGAUGCCAAAGGCACUUGAGUUGUAA